UAUGCGUCAAAAAUUAAUUAAUUAUGUUAAAAACACUACAAUCUUUAAUGAAGAAAUAAGCCAAGAAAUAGAAAAAUUUAAAACUGAAACAGAACAAACUCAUUUUGAACUUGAGAAAAAUAUCGAUCUGAUUAAUGAUAAAUUGAAAGAUGCUAAUGAAAAAAUUCAUAAAAAAGAUCAAGAAAUUUUGGAGCUUGAACAAAUAAAACAUAAAUAUCAAACGGUUAUUGACAUCAAAACCUCAGAAAUUAUUAAGCAAAAUUUUGAAAAAGAAGAAAUAAAGAAUAAUAUAUGUCUUUUGGAAUUGGAUAACAAAAAUAUUCAAAAUCUUCUAAGUGAAAAGGAAAAAAUUAUUGUAAAUAUUGAAAGUGAUAUAAAAGUUAUGUCAGAAAAAAUUAUAAUACUAUCUGCAAGUAGAAAUGAAUUGCAAUCAAAUUAUAACAAUGAAAUAAAUAAAAGCCUAACAUUAAAUCAUAAAUUUGAGAAUUGCAAAUUUAGGCAUGAAAAUUUAGAGCAACAUAUUAAAAUUUUAGAAGAUGAAAUCAAACUAAAAGAUAAAGAACAUUUAAAUGGCAUUAGAGACAAGAUGAAUCAAUUGACUAACCUCAAGGUGAAAAUGGAAGAGAUUGAUAAUUCAUUUCAAGGUGUCUCGAAUCAGAAUCAAAUGUUGAAGGACAAAUUAUCUGAAUAUGAAACUAUGACCAAAGAUUUGAUAGAAAAGAAUUAUAAAUUAGAGUGUGACCUAGAGUGCAAGGUAAAGGAGAUUACAGAGAAAUUUGUAAUAGCGGAGGAUAGAUGUCGUAUGCUUACGAACGUGAACUCUGAUUAUGAAACGAGGUACAAACAGUUAAAGGUAUCCUUGGAGGAUAUUAAAGUAGUUUUGACUCAAACUCAAAAGGGUAAUCAACUUAUAGACGGAGAACUCAAAAAUAUGGGAAAACUUCACAAUGAAACCUUGAAGGAAAAGGACGAUGAAAUAACGAUUAUGAAAAAAAAGCUAGAAGAAUCAAAAUCGCAACUAGAAUCCAUUAAAAAGAAAUCGGCACUACCUCGCAGGCAUUUUAGUAUCACAGAAGCUGAUACAAGUGAUGGUGAAAAUAUUUUGGGUACACAAAUGAAUUUUACUCAACUUUACAACUAUUACGUUAACAAUUUGAAAGAAAUCGACGAUUUAAAGAUAGAAAAUCGUAAAUUGAACCUAUCAAUGGAAUGUAUCAUGCAGGAAAUAGACAGGAAGGCUCCCAUCCUUAUCAAACAGGGCCAAGAAUACAAACGUCUAAUUAAAACUGUUGAUAUGCUGAGUCAAGAGUUAGAUGAAGCCAAAACACUACUAAGAAACACUCAAAUAGAGAAGCAAAGUCUGACUCUAGACCUCAAACGAGUUAAUUAUCAAUGGGAAAACGUUAAAAGAAAAGUGAAAAGAUUAGCUUCCAAUCAGGAUAUCACAGAAUUCGUAGAUUCCGAGGAUGAUAAUAAUGUUAGUAGCUCGGCCCUUGAUAGAAGUUCUAAACGCAUGCGCGUUCAUAAAACGCAUGAUUUUUAUGAGAGUGAAACAUCAAUGAACCCCACAGCCUUUAAGCAAAUAUUGGAUAUUCUUGAAGAAGACUAUACCGAUAGUAUGACAAAUAACAAGGCAAAUAGUGAUGUAGAUGCCGAGGAUCUCCUAAAUCUUAGCAAGAAAAUUGAUUAUUUUGAGCAAGAAAUUAUUCGGUGCAAGGAGAUUAAUAGGGAACAAAGUACACUCAUUCAAACUCUUCGGAAGCAGACUAAUCAAUACCAAAAGCUUAUGUCAGAAAGCGGAAUCAUGGCGGAUAAAAAUAUCAAAACAUCUGAUAGCUUAGACACCAAAGAGCAAGCUUAUACUGCGAUAGAACAAGAAGCAAAAAUUGAUACGGAAAGUAAGAUCUUGUUGGGUCGCAUGAAUACGGAGUUAGAAAAUUUCAAGAAGAUUUAUCUCGAGCGAGAAACUGACUUGGUGAAGAAACUUCACGACGCUAAUUUAUCUAACACUGACCUCAAGCUCGCGAAUAACAAACUAAAUUAUCAACUUCAAUUGAAUGAAGGAAAAGAUAAAAACUUAAAAUUCAGAAUCGACGAACUCGGGCAAGAAUUAGAAAUCGUCAGAAAGAAUGGAACUCUUAUGACAUCCAAAUUGACAGAAAAGGAGAUAAAAAUUGAUGAACUAUAUACGGAAGUAAUAUCCCACAAGCAAAAUAUAGUGUCCUUAGAGUCAUCGAUUAAAAGGUUGCAAGGGGAAAAGGCUAAUCUUGAAAUGGAAAUUGAAUCGAUUGCUAAGCGGAAAACUGAUAUUGUUAAAGAAGAUUCUAGAUACGACGCCAUUUUAAACAAUAUCCGUAACCUUAAAAAUACAUUUGAAGUGACCGAAAAAGAGACAGUUUGUAAAUUAGCCAGUCAAAAUGUGAUUCUGCAACAAGAAAGAAUGGAAUUGAAGAUUCGUCUGGAAUCAUUAAUCUUAGAGACAUCAGGAAAAAUGGACGAUUUAGAAAAACGACUAGAAGAAUCGCAAAAGAGUCUCAAGAAUAUAACUCAACACGAUCAAAAUUUGGAAUCCGAGAAGUGGGCCCUUAAGAAUGAAAAUUUGAACAUUAAACGUGUUGCUAACAGAAAGCUGAAGAAACUCAUGACAUCGGCUUUAUCUCAUUCUAAAGCGUUAUCCGUAUCCAUUGAUAAUCUAGCCGACGCUUACCUAUUCAAAGAGGACGUUGAGGGGAAACAAUUAAAUUCGACUAUCAUAGAAGGAGGAUCGGACAUAGAGGCCGAUGAUAGGAUCGAUGAAAUUUUUUCAACAGUUUUUGCCAAUCGAUCUAUGACCGAGCCCGAUUCUAAAUCGCCACUAGGUACGCGGAGCUUAUCAAAUUUGACUCGGAUCAAGGAUGAAGAAAUUCGUGAUCUUAAAAACGUUAUCCAAAAUUCUGAUCAACACAUAGUUCAAUACCAAAGCAUCACCACCGCUUUGGAAACUCAGCUUAAUCAAAGUCAAGAUUUAGUGGAAAACUUGGAAAGAAUUAUUGAAAAACAAUUUGAACAGAUGCGCCUUAUUAAGGAAGAAAUGUCGGCGGAGAUAACGAACCUGAAAACUCGCCUGACUCAAACUCAAUCCGAUCUAAUGAAUUCACAAAAAUCUUUAGCGAAUCAAACCAUGCUAAAUACGCAAGACCUCGAUUCGAUCAACGAGCGACUUAUUCUCGAGAUAGACAAAAAUACGGAACUUGAAGAAAAAUGUCUUGCCAAAACGGAGUUAACGGAACAUUUGAGAAAGGAAUUGGAGGGUUCCAAGCACAAGAUUGACGCUUUGAUUGAAUGCGUGGAAGAUUUAGGGAAACGAAUGGAGGGAAGUAGAGCGAACAUUCUGGAAGAGAAUCUAGAAGUAGGAAAGGCGGAAAAUGAUUUAAUGGAUUUGGAUACUUCCGGCGCCGAGACCAAGGGAAAAUUGGAUCAAUAUUCGAAGAAAAAUACAAAAUUAGAACAGGAAAACAAGGAGCUGCUUAGUAAGUGCAAUUCAUUAGAAAAGUUUUGUGACAGUUUGAACCAGGAAAUAGAAAAGUUGAAAUCCCAAUGGGCAGAUGUGAUGGGUAGAUCUGACGAUUCAACUAACGAUAUAACGCUUGUCGAAAUUCAAGAGAUAUUUGGUAGGAAUCAGGAUGGCGAUAAUUCUACAGCUAAUAAUAACCCUGAAAGGGGGCUAAAUUUGAUCAAAUAUAUCAAUUAUUUGAAACGUUUCAACAAAUCUUCCCGCAAUGAUAACGAAACCAUGAAAAUGGAGAUAGCCAGAUAUACGCUUAAAAUAGAUUCACUUCAAACGGAAAUAUCAAACCUAUCUGAUUUACUUAACGAGGAACGUAAAAAUAAUCAAUCAUAUUUAUACCUGGAGAAAAUGAGCUCUUUUCAGUCCGAAAAAGAGGACAGGGAUAUGGAAAUAAGAAUCCUCAAGGAUAAUAACGAAAAAUUGCACCGGAAAUAUCUGGAGAUCAUCGAGGAAACUUCGAAGCCUGUUAAACCUGACCAAGAAGCGAUCAAACUCGCUCAAUCAAUGAAGAUCGAAAAUAAGACCUUACAUACCGAAAAUACGAACUUGAAGAAUUCCUUAUCCAGACUCGACGAAAAAUGCGCUAAACAAAAUCUGGAAAUCAUUAACCUAGGAUCCAAGAGUGACGAGAUAAAACGCCUCAAAAACGAUGUCGAGGAGACAUCUCUUAAAUUGGCAGUUUACUUGAACAAAGACCAACUCAACGAGGAUAAGAUCAGGGACUAUGCUAUAGAAUCAGAAGCUCAAAGGACUAAAAUCGAAGAAAUGAGAGUUACUAACAAUAAGCUCAAAGGGAUCGCUCGUAAGUAUAAGCAACUACACGAAAGUUCUCAGGUGGCUAAUCCAGACAACAACAACAACAUGUUAGAACCGACGUCAUCUAUGGCUGAUAAUACUGGAUUCGGGGUCUCCUCCGAGAUCGGUUUGAUUGGUGACGGCGUCAAUACGAGCCAUGAUGAGUCUUUUAAAAGAAGAUACGAUGAGGCUUUGAUAGAAACCGAUAAUUAUCGAACCAAAUGUGAAGGAUUGCACAAGGAAUUAGAAGAGAAAAACUUGAGAUUAGCUUCCCUAAAGUCUCAAUAUGAAGCGCGCUUCAACAGGCUUAAGCUACAAUUACAAAACCAACAAGUUUCCGCGAUAGCUUUCGAGAGUCCGAUUGAUAAGAAGGAGCCCGAAAUAAAAAAUGCCACUGAGAUGUUUACCGAUAAUUAUCCGAAUUCCAAGACGAAUGAAGAAGAUAUGACAGGCUCGAAAACUUUAUUUAUAACCGUGGCAUCGACCUCCACUCCUACCAAAAUUUCUCAUACAACUAAAUGGGAACCCGAUUUGGAAACACAAGAUAAUACAAUUCCGACACACAUUAUUACAGUUCCUGAGGACACUAAAAUUUCCAAUAUAUCACCAUCUCACUCCUUUUAUGCCUCUUCGCAAACCGAUUCUCACGGUUUAUCUGCCCCACCACCCAAGGCCAAUAUCAAGCCUUUCGGUUCUUUUUAUCGAACGACUCCAUCAUCUUCUCAACGUAUCCUUCCUUCGACCACUUUCGUUUUAACUAAUACAACGAUUAAUUCUGCAUUCACCAAUAAUUAUUCAUAUUCUACUGCGUUAUCUUGCACUCCUCAAACUACCUCAUUAUUUUUCUCUAGCCUAGCUAACCCCUGUAUUAAUGUGUUCAGUGAUCUAAGAGCGUCAACGGCCAUAGCUUCAUUUCAGUUAGAUCACAACAACUAUAUCAGUGACUUUUCUUAUGGGUCAACUACUGCUUUUGAUGCGAGUAGAUGUAUUUCAACUUUAGAAAGUAAUAUCCUGGAUAAUAGCUUAACUGACAUUGUUCCUACUGUUUCCGAAUCUAGCUCUACAAGCGAUUGGACUUCUCCCUCUAUUAGUCUAGUUAUAGAGCCAUACUCGUCAUUAUCCCCUCUUGUCACACCAGUCUUCAGCGAUUCCACGAUCACCAACGUCAAUUUUGGUGGGUCAUCAAAUACGAAUUUAAACGAAGCCACUUUUGGUGACAAUCAGUCCACGCCAAUUUUUUCCAACGUAGUAAGUCCUAUCAAUAUAGGAGGGCACGGAAUUUUCAGUGGCGGUAAAACUAGUUACGCCGAUGUAUCAUUUUCCGGAAGUAACAGUGCUUCUUAUUACAGUAGUAGCACUCUGCCUUAUUCUCAUCAGAAACCAGCCGUUUGUAUCAAGCCUUUAUCGUUCGCUCAGUAUUCGCCUCUAACGAAGGUCAAUAUAACGACCAUAGGUAUCGCCUCCCCCAAUGUUCAACAGGUUUUCUCGUCCUCUUCAUCCGAGCCCUCCCCUCAAACUGCCAUCACGAAUUCGGCGGGGCUAGUUGUAGUUAAUCCCUACAAUUUCUAUAAUACGGUUACAACUUCUUCCACGAUUAUCGAUACGUCGAGCGGUGAUAAUGAUGCCUCGUACACAUCGACUUCCUGGUUUUAUACCACAAUUGAAAGAUCUUCAACAACUAAUAUUUUCACGACAACUUUUCCCGAUUCUGAACCCUCGAAUAGGUAUGAUGGUGAGAAUAACAAUGCUUUAACCACCUCCGCAAAUAAUUUUUUUACAAGUCCUAAUCUUCCUCCCUUUGGUUCUUCUCAUUUUGCCAAAAACGAAAUCACACCCUUUUUGAUCAGAGACCCUGACUCUAGCACCAACAACUUAAACGUGUUUUCAUCUACCCAUCAUCCUAGCAUCACUAGUCAACAAGAAGAAUAUACCGAAGAACCUGGACCUUCAUCAUCCCAACAUAAAUUUAGCGCUCGCAAUGAUGGGAAAGAUUUUAAGCUUAACGCUUCGAUCUUGCCUUCUACUGUGUUCUCUAAAAACGAUGGCGCUUAUUUUUCUUUGCUUACUCCCUUCAACCAAUCACCUUUGCAAAAGGUGGUGCAUCAAUCCAUCAUUCAACAAUCUCCUUUGUUCAACACGACCAACGUAUUCCCAGGCUCACCUUUAACACCCAUACAUGAUUCUAGCUCGUUUGGAACUUUACAACAUGCAAAAUUGGAUUCUAGAACAAGCUUUUUCAACGAGCCGACUCUAAGAAUUAGUUCAUCUACUCACUCCUUCGAGUCUCCCCAUAAAGUUCGAACCCCCAAAAACAUCUUUCCUAUUAACGAUGCUACAGGAUUUAUCAGCCCCAUGCUAAACGUUGGGAGCGCGAUAAAGACGCCAGAUGUUGAAGAAGCUAAUCAAGAUACUGAAAUAGUAUCUCGUCCGUACUCUUACCCUCUCUUCCAGAUUGUAUCGGAAUCAAUUUUGAGUUCAAAUACAAAUACUCCCGACCCACCUUUCCCUCUUAUAGAUUAUCAGCAAACUCAGAUUGUUAAUGCUAGUAUUUCAGAAAUAGAAGAUAAUAACGAUAUUACUACGGUAACUACUGCCAUAGGUAAAGUGGAACCAUCUCUCCAACAAUCCAUAUUUACCGACCAUAUUCAAAAUCCCAUUAGCGCGGGUAUAGACUCGGUUGAAAGACAACCCAACAGCAAAAAUAUAGUCAGACUUAGACCCAGUGGAAGGAAUAUUACUAACACCCCAUUAUCGGAUAGUUUAUCACUAUCUUCUCAAAGCCAGUCCAAUAGAAGAAUGUUAUCACCUAUAGUGAUUGGUAAUCAUAAUACCCAGAGAAAUUCUAAUAUCAGAAGUGGGCAUGCUAUUAAUAGGAGGGGUAACAUUACGAUUAAUAGGCGGGUAAGGUUUCAAAUGAGAAGGGGCGGAGCGCCAAAAUAAUUUAGCCACGAAAAAAAAUACUUAUUCAAAUGAAGGAUAUAAACCCUAUUGCGUAUGUUAGAGAGAACGCAAAAUGAUUGAUAAUGGAAAUCUACCGGUCGAAUUGAAAGUGUGGGGAUUUUAAACUCACUCCCUUUAAUACAAAUGAGAAGAUAAGAUAAUUUGGAAAGUUAUAAAUAUACAUAUUCGCUGAAAAAUGAUCCGUAAAAUGCCGAAUUGU